AUGUCCUCAGCACCCUCAAGCCGCACACCAUCGCGAGCCAGGCGGCGUGGCAAGAACGAUGUCACCGGCACGGCCGGUCAGGCGACAUGGAUCUCGAGUGUCAUCAAUCUGCUCAACACAAUCGUCGGCGCUGGUGUGCUGGCCAUGCCCCUCGCAAUGUCGCAUAUGGGUAUGGUGUUGGGAAUAGUGGUGAUGUUAUGGGCUGGCCUCACAGCUGGCUUCGGCCUAUACCUACAGACUCGAUGCGCGGCAUAUCUCGAGCGAGGAUCGAGUUCGUUCUUCGCGCUGAGCCAGAUCACGUACCCAAACGCGGCCAUCAUCUUCGACGCGGCGAUUGCGAUUAAGUGCUUCGGAGUGGGAAUAUCAUAUCUCAUUAUCAUUGGCGAUUUGAUGCCUGGAGUUGUGCUUGGAUUCGCCGAAGAGGAAGGCCUGGCACGAUUUCUCUUGGAUCGACAUUUCUGGAUCACAGCGUUCAUGCUGGUGUGCAUCCCGCUAUCGUAUCUACGCAGGCUCGAUUCGUUGAAGUAUACGUCGGUCAUUGCGCUCAUCUCGAUAUCGUACCUUGUUGUUCUGGUCGUGUACCAUUUUGCUUCGCACGACACCCUACCGGAGACUGGAUAUGAGACUCCGCUGCGGAUCUUCAAAUGGGCAUCGCCGAGCUUAGCGCUAUCAUCCUUGCCUGUCAUUGUCUUUGCCUACACUUGUCAUCAGAACAUGUUCAGCGUGCUCAAUGAGAUUGCGGACAAUUCCCAUUUCCGGACGACUGCCGUGGUCGGGGUCUCCAUAGGUACAGCCGCUGCUAUCUACGUCUUGGUUGCAAUUACAGGAUAUCUGUCAUUUGGAAAUGAAGUUGGAGGCAAUAUUGUGGCUCAGUAUGCGCCUUCGGUCUCUGCGACGAUCGGACGGGCUGCCAUUGUGGUGUUGGUGAUGUUCUCAUACCCUCUGCAAGUCCACCCAUGUAGAGCAUCGGUGGACGCGGUGCUCAAAUGGCGACCAUCCAAGUCUCUCACGAAGCGACUGUCGCGUUCUGCAACGCCAUCGUCGAACUCGUUGAGCGUUCCGGAUAGCUCUCCAGCGCGGGACGUCCCAUUACUAACCAUGGGAAAGAAGCGUAGCACUGAAAUCUCAGAGACUCGAUUCGCGCUCAUCACCACCAUUAUUAUCAUCCUCAGCUAUGUUGUCGCCAUGAUGGUUUCCAGCUUGGAAUAUGUGCUAGCCUACGUCGGCAGCACAGGCAGUACGUCAAUCUCGUUCAUUCUCCCGGGAUUGUUCUACUACAAGAUUUCGAGCCCGGACAACCCACUCCAUCAGAAGCUGUGCAAGGAGGAAGACGACUACGAUUAUGACUAUGAUCCCGCCGGCGUUUCGGAUGCCGAGCGAGUGCGGCGGCGCUCUGACGCCAGCGGACAAGAAGAGAGCGAAGGACUGCUCGCCAAUAGCGGCUUUCUUAGCCUCGGAGGCAGAAGUCUCCUGAAGAAGACGCGCAACUUUCGGCUGAAGUUGCUGAGGAAGUUGGCUUUGGCUUUGAGUAUAUAUGGGCUGGUAGUGAUGGUGACUUGCUUGACGAUGAACACCUUCUUCCUCGCAGCGAAAUGA